AUGGGUUUAGCUUCUAAAGUAUUUCAAGAUAUGUUUGAUUGUGCUACACCUUCCUCUCAAAACGACUAUAACAAUAAUAAUGGAAUUUAUGAUAAAAUACCCGAAUUGACAUUAGAAGGUGAAUCAACUGCUUUAACAUUUGAAGAUGUAUUAUCUUUUAUAUAUCCCAAUACAUUUAUACCCAUUGGAUGGAAUAAUGUAUCAGAAUUUUUACGAAUUGCGGAUAAAUACAUGAUGGAUUCAGUAUUAUCAGCUUCUAAAACAUUUUUAGAAAGAGAAUUUCGGAAGAAACCAUUAUACGCAUUAUAUUUAGCUGAUAUAUAUCUAUUUCGAGAAAUUUAUAAAGAAUCAACAAAAUUAGUAUUUGAAAAAUUUCCAGAUUACAAAAGAACAAAUUUAUUUCAAGAACUUUCCAUAAUCACUCGAUCAAAGUUAAUUAAUCAAUAUACCAAAUAUACCAAUGCAUUACAGAAAUUAAGUAAAAUUGAUUUCACUUCGGGUUAUUUACAUUGUACAGAAUGUUCAAGUAGUUUAAAUCAUAAUAAUGAAAUUAAUAAAAAAUUUUCUGAAAGAGUUAGACAAUCAAUUUAUGGUUCAUCAACUUUCGAGAAAAUUUAA